AGCUCCCAGCUAUCUGAAUAAUUUUCUCCUUGGAGAACAGCACACUGGUAGACUGCUCUAACCAGACCUGCAGAGAACUGCCACAUUAACUGAACAUUUGGUAACUGUUGUGACCUGUGUGGUGAGCAUUCAAGGGCUGAAGAAAAUGCCACUGGCUAGAUCACUGUCUAUGACUUCUCUUAACGGACUUCCUCAGUGGGAGGAUGAAGAUCUACCAGUGGAGGAUUUGUUGCUUUUUGAAGUCUCUUGGGAAGUUACUAACAAAGUGGGAGGCAUUUACACUGUGAUCCAGACAAAAGCCAAAACUACAGCAGAUGAAUGGGGUGAAAACUAUUUUCUGGUUGGUCCCUAUUUUGAGCACAAUGUGAAGACUCAGGUGGAAGCAUGUGAGCCUCCAAACCCUGCAGUUACAAAGGCAGUGGACACCAUGAAAAGCCAGGGGUGUCAGGUCUUUUUUGGAAGAUGGCUGAUAGAAGGCAGCCCAUAUGUCUUACUGUUUGAUUUAGGAUCAGCAGCUUGGAAUCUGGACAGGUGGAAAAGUGAAUUUUGGGAUGUCAGCAACAUAGGGAUCCCUUUUCAUGACCAAGAAGCCAACGAUGCUGUGAUUUUUGGAUCGUUAACAGCCUGGUUUUUAAAAGAGCUUUCCUGUCAGUUUGAUGACAAGCCCAAUGUAAUUGCCCACUUCCAUGAGUGGCAGGCAGGAGUGGGUUUAAUACUGUCUUGUUCUCAGAAACUUCCUGUUGCCACAAUUUUUACUACCCAUGCAACUCUGCUAGGGAGAUACCUGUGUGCAGCCAAUAUAGAUUUUUACAACAAUCUUGACCAGUUCCUAGAUUCACAUUUAAAUCACUCUGAUACUGGAAGAAGGAAGGGAGGGAAAACAAAAAGAACAAAACAGAAGGUGACUUGCAUGUUUGACAUUGACAAGGAAGCAGGAGAGAGACAGAUUUACCAUCGAUACUGUAUGGAACGGGCAUCUGUACAUUGUGCCCAUGUGUUCACUACAGUUUCACAGAUAACAGCUAUAGAAGCAGAACAUAUGCUUAAAAGAAAUCCUGAUGUUGUCACCCCAAAUGGCUUGAACAUUAAGAAAUUUUCAGCAAUGCAUGAGUUUCAGAAUUUGCAUUCCAUGUACAAGGCUAGGAUCCAAGAGUUCAUUCGAGGUCAUUUCUAUGGCCACCUUGACUUCAGUUUUGAGAAGACCUUAUUUUUCUUCAUUGCUGGGAGAUAUGAAUUUUCCAACAAAGGAGCUGAUAUGUUUCUAGAAGCCUUAUCAAGAUUAAACUUUUUGCUGAGGGUUCAUAAGGCUGAUGUUACAGUUGUUGUGUUCUUCAUCAUGCCAGCAAAGACAAACAAUUUCAAUGUGGAAACCCUGAAAGGACAAGCAGUCCGGAAGCAGCUCUGGGACACUGCACAGUCUGUGAAAGAAAAGUUUGGAAAGAAACUCUACAAUGCACUGCUAAAAGGAGAAAUUCCAGACUUGAACAAGAUUUUUGACCGAGAUGAUAUAACUGUUAUGAAAAGAGCCAUCUUUUCAACUCAGCGACACUGCCUGCCUCCAGUGACCACCCACAACAUGAUUGAUGAUAGCAAUGAUCCAAUCCUCAAUACCAUCCGACGCAUUGGCCUUUUCAAUAACCGGACAGACAGAGUAAAGGUGAUCUUACAUCCAGAAUUUCUUUCUUCGACAAGCCCGUUGUUGCCCUUGGACUAUGAGGAGUUUGUUAGAGGCUGCCAUCUUGGUGUAUUUCCAUCAUACUAUGAACCCUGGGGUUACACUCCAGCUGAAUGUACUGUGAUGGGCAUUCCCAGUGUAACCACAAACCUUUCUGGAUUCGGCUGUUUCAUGCAGGAACAUGUUGCUGACCCAGCGGCUUAUGGCAUCUACAUAGUUGACAGGAGGUUCCGCUCACCUGAUGAAUCAUGCAACCAGCUGACUCAGUUCCUAUAUGGAUUUUGUCAGCAGUCCCGGCGCCAGAGGAUCAUCCAGAGAAAUCGAACUGAAAGGCUCUCAGAUCUGUUGGAUUGGAGAUACCUAGGCAGGUAUUACAUGCAUGCCAGACACUUGGCCCUCAGCAGAACAUUCCCAGAUAAAUUUGAGAUGGAACCAAGUGCUCCACCAAAGACGGAAGGUUUCAGGUACCCAAGGCCUUCAUCAGUGCCACCAUCACCUUCUGUCUCUCAGCAUUCCAGCCCUCACAAUAGUGAAGGUGAAAAUGAAGAUGAGGAUGAAAGAUAUGAUGAGGAUGAGGAGGCUGAACGAGAUAGGCAAAACAUCAAGUCUCCCUUUUCCCUUGGAGUGUUGCCACAAGGAAUGAAGAAGCAGCAUGGUGAAUACAGGAACUGAAUUCAUUGCUCUCACCCUGGCAGGGUCUCUCCAUCCAUUCAACUGUUUCUCGUGUAGGCUUGGCAAGCUCUGUGUUAAGGACAGCGUGAUGUAAUUAGGGGAAUCUUAAAUGUUACUUGAGCUACACUGUUGGAAAGCCUAAUAUUAUUUCACCUUGAAAGUAGAUUAAAUGACAAUUCUUCUGUGCCCCCUUGAGGUAGAAAAGAGUUCUCAGGCUUAAUAAACCUAGAGAAUGCAACAAUCCCCUCAGGAGAUUAUACAAACUGCAGAUCAUACCUUUCUUUACAUAUUCAUCUAUAUAAAUCGUAGUCUAUGCUGAUAGCUCUGUUAUGGGUGUCCCAAAUGAAUUUCUGAAUUUCUGCUUCAUUUAUGUUUCCCCUUUUCCCCUCCUAAACUGACAUGAACUUUAAAGCAGAGCUCAAAAAAUUCAGAGAAAAAAGUGUUAUACUGGUGAAAACUUGUCAGCAUCAAAAAAGAUAAACUGAAAAGAAAAUUAUCUUUUUUUUUUUUUUUCUUAUGCUGUUUAUUGUAAGCUUACAUCAUUUAAAACAUUGUUUUACAACACACAGAUGUGUCUUGAUCCAGUGGUAAAACAUACUUCCUGUGGAACAACGUAAAGUCUUAUGCAGUGGGUAUUUGAAUUUUAGAGACAAGUGAAGUAAUCUUUCUGAAGUUAUUUAGACCCACAAUAAACAGCAGACCAUUUGUUUUC